AUGGCCUCCCGUUACCUUGUUUCUGGUCUCCCCCGGUCCCUCCCUCCCCUUCCUCUGGGGCCUGCCCCUACCUGUGUUCCCUGCGUCGAGGGGCGGCAGCGCGCCGCUCCUCACUCCUCCGAGUUUCCGCCGACAGAGGCUCCACUGCAGACUCUUCACAUGGACGUGUGGGGCCCAGCCCGCGUCCGUGGACAGGGUCACGAGCGUUACUUCCUCCUGGUGGUUGACGACUACUCGCGUUACACCACAGUCUUCCCCUUGCGCACCAAGGGUGAAGUCACUGGGGUGUUGAUCGACUGGAUCCGCGCUGCUCAUCUCCACCUCAGGAAGAGUUUCGGCUCGGACUUUCGUGUUCUGCGUCUGCACUCCGACAGAGGUGGAGAGUUUUCCUCCGACCUUCUGCGAGCCUACUGUCGUGCGAGGGGCAUCCGCCAGACGUUCACGCUUCCGGCCUCUCCGCAGCAGAAUGGGAUUGUAGAGCGCCGCAUUGGCAUGGUCAUGGACGUCGCUCGUACGUCCAUGAUCCAUGCGGCUGCUCCCCAUUUUUUGUGGCCGUUCGCGGUUCAGUACGCGACGCAGCAGAUCAACCUUCAGCCCCGUGUCUCCUUGCCGGAGACCUCCCCCACCCUGCGGUGGACGGGGAAGGUUGGCGAUGCGUCUGCGUUCCGUGUCUGGGGAUCUCAGGCUUUCGUCCGAGACUUGUCUGCGGACAAGCUGUCCUCCCGUGCUGUUCCCUGCGUCUUCCUUGGCUUCCCCCCUGACGCGCCUGGUUGGCAGUUUUACCACCCCACCUCGCGCCGUGUCUUGUCCUCCCAGGACGUCACGUUUGACGAGUCGGUUUCGUACUACCGUCUCUUCCCCUACCGCACUGCCCCCCUCCCCCCCCGCCGCUCUUUCUCGCGCCAGGUAGACGCAGUCGAGCCUGUCGAGGUAGCUGUUGACUCUGGUGCUGCUAGGGGUGCUGAGCCUGCGGGUGUUGGGUCCGGGGGUGCUGAGCCUGAGCGUGCGGAGCCGGGGGGUGCUGGGUCGGGAGGUGCGGAGCCUGGGGGUGCUGAGACUGCGGGUGCUGAGCCUGGGGUUGCUGAGUCUGGGGGUGCUGAGCCUGGGGUUGCUGAGUCUGGGGGUGUGGAGCCUGAGGGUGCUGGGCCUGCUCGAGUGGAGCCUGGUGGUGCUAGGCCUGGACGUCCCGCUGGUGCUUCUCGUGCUGCUGGAGCUGGUGGUGCUACCGGUGCUGGAGGUUCUGCGGUUGCUGGAGGUUCUGGAGCCACGGGUCCCGGAGGUGCUCGUACCGGCGGUACUGGAGCUGCUGGGCCUGGUGGUGCUGUUGGUGCUGGAGCUGGAGGUACUCCUGGCGUAGGCGCUGCUGGAGGUGCUGCUGGAGCUGGAGCUGCUGGAGGUGCUGACGCUGGGGGUGCUGCUGGAGUUGGCGCUGCUGGGGGUGCUGCUGGAGCUGGUGGAGCUGCUGGCGCUGGUGCUGACACUGGGGGUGCUGGUGCUGUCCCUGCUGGUCCUGGAGGCGCUGCGCGGCUGCGGCCGUACUUCGUUCCGCUCCUUGAGCAGGUUCUUGGUCUCCCGCCUUCUGCUGGUCCUGCUCCUUCCUUAGAGUGUCCACCGCCUGUCCAGUCCGAGUCACAGUUACAGCUCGCCUCCCCACUGCCUGCUCCUCCUCCCUACACUGGUCCUACUGGAGGUCUUGCUGAGCGCCGUGAGCCUGAGUCUCGUCCUGCGUCGCCUGUUCGUGCUGCUCGCACUGGUCGUCGUGUUCCGCGUCAGCGUCCUCCUGCGGUCCCAGGCACGCACCAGAUGGCUCCGCGUCCUUCCACUUCUCCACUGCGUGUCCCUUUGCCGUCUCCUCCUGAGUCCUCUCUUCCUGCUCUUGCUGACCCGGAGUCUGACUCCCUUCGUGCGGCCAGUCCUACUGUCACGCGUCUCCUGGCUACUGUUGUCACUGACCCUUCCUUUGAGUCCACUGCUGCGUCUGCCUUAGUUGCUGAGCUGGUCGACUUUGCUGCUCACUGCCGUCUAGACUACGCUGCGAGUCUUGUUGCUCAGUCUGAGUCUGUCUGUCCUCCGUCCGUCGGGGGUGAGUGUGCUCUUGGCACGGACGUCCUUGAGGACAGGUAG